UUCACCUAUACUCUUGGACGACUGGGUGUAGCCUACUAGAUAUAGAGUCAUUACAGUAGUUUAGAUAUCAGAUCAGCAGACUAACAAUAGACCUCAACAUGACAAAUGUGCUUAUUCUGAAAUGUAAAUACAUGCUGUAUAUGUUCUUUAAGUCGUGAAGCUUUAUUUCUAAACACUUACACAUGCCAUUACAACAGUGUGCGUCUUCUACACUUUGUUUUCUGUACGUCGCUAUUCCGACCAAAAUAAACAUAAACAUUGGAAAAACAUCAGAAGUAGCACUUACUUUAAACACACAUGUGACCUAAACACGUUUCUCGCCCCUCAUACGCUGAAAAACGGGUUAUUUUAGAUCGACAUUUUGACUGUAAGUCAAUGGCGCUCUCUGUGAGUUGGGCAUACCAAGAUGGCGGCGCGAUCGCUUCCGGUGGCUUCACCUCCUGCCGUUAGUUGAGCAUCCAAGGCGUAAUCCAGUCAUUUAUAUAGAUCAGUGGUAUCCCCGAAUCCCCACUAGCAGCUCAGAACGCAUCGUUGACAGGUCACUCGCGUGCACUUCUCAAACAGUGCCUUUUACCCUAUUAAUAAAGCACCAUUAGGAAGGAAGUCAUGAGGUGCCAAUGAAACUCAUCCAAAACCUCUGAAAUCUCUUCAUAAUGACUAAUUGGACUAACGUGUCCACCUGCCAAUUCAGCAUCACUUUAUGCGAUGAAGACAUCACGGACAGUAACGCAACUGUCGUGGAAAUUGAGUACCCGGUUCAUCUAUUCCCAGUCCCUAUUCUGACUGGCAUCACAGUGACGUGUGCGUUCCUGUUUCUCGUUGGGAUUGCGGGGAACCUGUUGACCAUCCUGGUGGUCACCAAAUACAAAGACAUGCGAACCACCACCAACCUGUACCUCUGCAGCAUGGCAUUUUCAGAUCUGCUUAUUUUCUUGUGCAUGCCACUGGACCUUUACCGGGUCUGGCGGUACAGACCCUGGAACUUUGGAAACGAGCUGUGCAAACUCUUUCAGUUUGUGAGCGAAUGCUGCACUUAUUCCACCAUCCUCAACAUCACCGCCCUGAGCGUGGAGAGAUACUUCGCUAUUUGUUUUCCAUUCAGGGCGAAAGUCAUAGUUACCCGGGGUCGCGUAAAAGGGGUGAUUUUAUUCCUCUGGAUCGUUGCACUCUGCAGCGCCGGACCCAUAUUCAUUCUGGUCGGGGUCGAGCACGAGAACGGGACCAAUCCUUGGGAGUCCAACGAGUGCAAAGCGACCGAAUACGCAAUCCGGUCUGGAUUGCUUACAAUGAUGGUUUGGGUUUCCAGCGUGUUCUUCUUCCUCCCGGUCCUGUGUUUGACAGUGUUAUACAGCCUCAUAGGCAGAAGACUGUGGAGAAGGAAGGAGAACCCGGUUGGACCCGUUUCUAGUCGGGAAAAGAGCAAUAAGCAAACUGUCAAAAUGCUGGCUGUGGUUGUUCUCGCGUUCGUCCUCUGCUGGCUGCCCUAUCACGUGGGUCGUUAUCUCUUCUCCAAGUCAUCAGAGGAAAAUUCCCCUUUCAUCUCUCAAAUCAGCGAAUAUUGCAACCUGGUGUCGUUCGUCUUGUUUUACCUCAGCGCUGCGAUCAACCCCAUCCUUUACAACAUCAUGUCCAAAAAGUACAGGAGCGCGGCGUGCAAACUGUUCGGAAUGAGGCGCGCUCCCGGACGCUCGGUGCAGAACAUCGUGAACGCGGAGAGCUUUUCAGUGUGGAAUGAAACAAGCUGGAGCACGUGACACAGACUCUGUCAAUCAUCACGUACAUUUUUGGAGCGUGUACAUUGUUUAUAGCCUACAGUCCCUUAAACCGAGCGCUCAGAAAACCCUUAGGAUACUAAAAAAAAUUGAAAUUCAUCUUUUUGGGAUGUGCAUUUGAUUUCACACAUCUACAGUACAUACUUAAUUGAGUGAAUCUUGAACCUGUAUAUAUAUAUAUAUAUAUAUAUAUUUAUAUAUACCAACAAUUCAUUCCUCUCCGAUUUACUUACACAUGCAACUAUUGCAUUACAUGUCUCGUUCAUUUAAAUUCUCGUUUAUUUAAAUUACGCAUUUUUGUAUGGUAAAGUACAAAAUACCCUAAAUUGAAGAAAUAUACCAACUGUAAAUGCACUGUUUAACUGUCGUCAGCAAACACAACCAGCAGUGUCAUAAUUCCCUUUACCUUGGUAUCCAUGCAAAAUGUACAUAUGCACACUACCCCAAAAUGCCUUAAACUGCCUAUAGUACUGGACGACAGCACACUGUAGAGGUAAGCACUUCAACAUUGUAACCUGUUAGGGAGAAAAUACAAUGGUGCAGAAUUAUGAUUUAAAGCCUGCAUUAAGCUUGUGUGUUCCUAUUCGACAAAUGUGUAAAUGUGACGAAAAAGUGCACUUAAUACAAGUUUGUGAACGCUG